AUGCAAUCGGGCCGACUUCCAUGCUGUCUGAGUGACCGAAGCGUCAGAGUGGAGACUGCCACAGAAGGUGAACAAGGACGUUGUAUUGAAGCACUUGGAGGGAAGCCAACGCCAGGAGGUGGGCUACAUUUGAGGAAGGGCAGCUACCUUUGGAAUCUUUAUGAUGGCAGGCCGACCGGAUGUUCAAGAAGUCCGCGAUUGCAGCAAGAUAUCCUGGGAGGCUGCUCUUUCGAUUCUUGCACGUACUUGGGCCAAAAAGUGUUUGCUGGAUACGAAGAUGAUUGGACCUGUUCUCAGUGCCUCUGCUCGUUCGCACCAGUGGAGGGUUGCCUUGGCCUUGCUGGGCAUUCCGAUGAAGUCCCCUCCGGGCGAAAUCGCGUUCAACUCUGUUGCGAAUGCCUGCGAAAAAUCGGGAGAGUGGCAGCAAACCAUAGCCGUGGUGGCAACCAUGUCUGACAUUCGUUUGGCGACAGAUUCGUUCUCUUAUUGCACCAUGAUGAGUGCAUUAUGUAAAGGCCAGAAGUGGAAGGAGGUAUUGCUUGUGUACAAGCAGUUGGAGGAAAAAGGGAUUGAGAAGAACACAAUUUUAUGUGGCGCCGCCAUCAACGCUUGUGCCAAAGGCCACCUGUGGAACAUGGCCUCAAAGCUUUUGGCUUCCAUGGCAGACGAACAGAUCCAGCGAAGCUUGGUGACCUUCAGCUCGGUGAUCUCUGCGUUCUCAGCGUCAGCAUGUUGGACAAGGGCCCUGGAGAUCCUCCAAGAGAUGGAGAGGAAAAGCUUGGUUUACCCGGAUCAAAUCGCUUUCAGUGCUUUAAUUGCUGCAUGUGGCAAUGCAAGCCAGUGGAAAGAGGCCCUGACACUUUUUCUCGAGAUGACGUCCAGAGGCAUGAGGAGCGAUGCAGUUAGUGUUUGUGCAGUGAUCAGUGCAUGUGAAAAGGCCAUGCAAUGGGAGGCAGCCAUUGACCUUCUGUGGUCUCAAUCUCGAAUUGGGGCCGAUCUCAACUGUGCAAGCUAUGCUGCCUGUAUCUCUGCCUGCGCAAAUGCGGGCGAAUGGGUCCCUGCUUGUCAAAUUUUGGAAGAUUUGCUCGCAUCAAAAGCAAAACUGGAUGCAUUUCCAUUCAGCGCAGCCAUCGCAGCUUGUUCUCGGCAGUGGGAGGUUGCGACUAGUAUCUUGGAGGAGAUGCCGCUGCAUAGGGUAACGAAAGACAGUGUGUGUUACACUGCAGCCAUCUCAACUUGUGCGAACAGCAACGAAUGGAGAAUUGCCUUGGAGCUACUUCGAAAAAUGCUGGCUGAAGACCUGCAAGCAAAUGCCUUCACCUACAGCGCAGCCAUGAACGCCUGUGAGCUGACUGGACACUGGGAAGAAGCACUUGAUUUGUUGCAUGAUAUGCAGCACCGAAAGGUUCUUGAAGAUGGCAUGCAUGUUGGUGCUGUGACAGGGGCGGUCUUGCGCCGAUUGGGACGUGCUGCUGCAGUGGACUGUCUCACAGCCAUUUGUGGAGACUCCGCCGAAAGUCGUGGAGACACAAGAUCAGUGAACGUGAAAUUGGAGCUUUGUGGGGUGAAAGUGAUUUGCAAUGCAGACGGCCUGGUUGCGGUGAGCAAGCCAUCAGGCGUGCUGACAGAAGAUGUGCUGGCUGAUGCCAUUCAUCACUUUGGACCCGUGACGUGCAUUUCUCGUUUGGAUGCUCCAACAUCUGGAGUGCUGCCCAUUGCGAUUGGUGCUGAGCAAUGCAGCACGGCAAGAUGGUUCAAGGCGCAGUUUGCAGCACAUUUGGUCAAGAAGGAGUAUCUUUGCCUGUGUCAUGGGCCACAUGAGCAAGCAGGGGCAGAGGGCUCGAUUACAUCUCCCCUGCUGGUGAUGGCAGGGUCCAAGGGGUCCAGCGCUCGCACUGUUUGUGAUGAACGGGGGCAGGAAGCAAUGACAGCCUACCAGGUUCUGGCGCGAUACACUCUUCAGGAGCUUCCAGGUGAUGUCAGUGAACCACGCGACGAUAUGAUGUCGUACACACUCUUCUGGGCGAUGCCACAAACAGGCAGAAUGCAUCAGAUCAGGAUUCACAUGGCGAGCAUUGGCCACCCGAUUGUUGGAGAUAGGCAAUAUGGAAUUUGUGUUCCUGCUUGGUGUCCUCGCCUGUUCCUUCACUGCCAACAGCUGGAGUUGUUGGACUGGCAUGGGCAAGAGCUUCGAAUUGAAGCGCCAUUGCCAACAGAGCUUCGGGCAGUCCUGGAGCACCUUGAGACGAGCAGCGCAAAGUCUACUGUUAGCUACUGUUGGGAAUGUGCAGUUCAUUCGACUUCGGCUUCAGGUGGUGUUCAACAGAACUGCGUGCUUGCGCCUGUUUGUGCAUAAUGUUAGUGCAUGUGUUUCAAGCGCAGUGUUCCGGCUGAAAGCCAUGAUGCAGCCAAGCAAAGAACAAGUCGCUUUGAAACCAAUUUUCAGACUUUCAGUUGAGCAAAGAUUUAGUUUUACAUUUUGCCACAUCUAUCCAUACUCGGCAUGAGAGCUGCUCGAUCAGGGGUGCUUGUGUGCGCGGGCCUGGCAUGUCUGCUAGGCCAUGCUUUCCUUCCUGGUCUGACAUCAAACUGUAGCAGAGUUGCGCGAAGAGCAACUGAAAAGCGUGAGAUCACCAAGGUUGAGAUUUGCAUACACAGAGACUGCAAGCGCAGGGGUGGAGGGGCAAAGCUCAAGAAGGUCUUUGAGGAUUUGGCUGAAGGGACCAACAUUGAGGUUGGUGAGUACGACUGCUUUGACGAAUGCCCUUUUGGCCCGAAUGUGAGGACGCUGAGCGGACCUGAUGACGACUUCGGCCGCGUGCUGAACAAAGUAAAAGGCAAGAAGAUGGUUGCAGAGAUCCUUGGGGUGGAGUUGCCUGAGGAGUCUGAGGAAGAGCCGAAGUGACCGGCCCAUCACAAAUGUGAUGUUGGCAUGCAUUUGGGUGAGACAAAA